AUGUUCGUUUCUCUCGCGAAGUUCACACCCGCGACCAGCAGACCGACAAUAUCCUCUACCACAUCGACUUCGACGAACAGGAGCCCUUACUCCAGCACCUUCGACGACUUCAGGCUCCCAGGCGCAAUAGUCGGCAAGCACCGCGACUCCACCCUCGUAGAGAUCCAAAACCUCACGGACAACGAGACCACCUCGACAUCCAGCGAGAUCACAGCGCUCAUCUGGGCGUUCGCCUACAUCAUCCACAAGGACAUCCACCACAGCAUUUCGGUCCACUCCGACUCGCUGGGAGCGAUCCAACUGGCCAGGAUGGAGGCUUUUACUAACCGCGACGCCCACCUUGUGCAGCUACUGGUGAUCAUGUACUCGCACGUCAAGGAAUAUGUCGACCUGCGUCACGUUCAUGCCCACGAGAUGAACCCGUGGAACGAAGUUGCCGACGCCGCGGCCAACUACGCCCGAAUCGAGGACUACCCGCACCCACAACCCGAAUGGGCCGACAUACUCAACGCGUCCCCUCAGCGCAGCUGGGAAUUCCUACUUGAUGCCGACAACCACACCAAGGACGCUUACCCAUCCUUUUCACCUGGGAUGCUCAAGGCCCAACGCAUCGAUACCACGGCAACGACAGCUCACCUUUCGACACCAGCCAAGACCACGAAGACCUCGACCGAGAUAGACGUCAACAUCGCCACCUACAACAUCCAGUCAGGGCGCGAACCUGGCCUCGGCGCUCGACGGCGCAAAGAGAAGAUCCACAAGCUCAGAAAGACUAUGCUCAACCUGUACAUGGAGGACCUCCACCUGAUCGGCAUCCAGGAAGCCCGCACGCCCUGGGGAGUUCGCAGUGGCAACGACAUCACCAGCACGAGUGCGUACGCCUACCACGUCAUCUCAGGGGGCCACGACCAGUACAACCUCGGCUGCGAGCUCCACAUACUCACCAGCAAGCCGUACGGAAAGGCAGGAGCCAAGGACCUCUACUUCCGCCCCGAUCAGUUCACUGUCAUCGAGCACAGCCCUCGGCACCUCAUAGUAAGGAUCGAAGCCCCAGGCUUUCGACACACAGUCUGCGUCGCCCAUGCACCACAUUCACGAGCCACGCCACACGAGAAGGAUACCUUCUGGGAGAUGAUCGAGUGCGCAACCUCUAACCACAAUAUCAACAUCUUCUUCAUCGACGCAAACGCUCGAACGGGCAGCUUAUGCAGCCAGGCAAUCGGCGAUCAAGGCUUCAAGCAAAAGGAGGACGACAACGGCGAACGCUUCCACAAGGUCCUGCAAGGUAACUCUCUCAUCGCCGCGAAUACCUUCAAAAGCGGUGGCCAGGACCACUACACCUGGGACUCAGGCAAGGACGUGCACAGACUGGACUACAUAGUGGUUGGCCACGAGCUCUUCGACUCCAUCUCCUACACGUCCGUAAUGUACGGCAUCGACACAGUAGACGACCACUCACACAAGAACGACCACUUCCCUGUCAAGGCCAACCUCGCCUACACCGUCGAGACCGCCUACCAACACGGCACGCCCAAGCUCGACAUCGCUAAGCUCGACUCCGAGACAGCCAAGAACGACUUUCAACGACGCCUGCAGCAGAUCCAACACCCUCCCUGGGAGACCAACCUCAACGACCAUACUAAGAGCAUCGUCGAUCAGAUAAAGGACGCAGCCUACGCCAGCUUCAAGAAGCAGCAUCAUGCCCCCCGCAAGCCCUACAUUACCGAGGCCUCCUACGCGCUUCUUCGAUUCCGACGCACCCUCCUCAAGACGAUCCGCAUAGUGAAAAGGAAUGGCAUUGGCUCCAAGAAAUCACGCAGACGGAUCCGAUACACCGCGCACCUCAUCGCAAACCAGUCGGCUUCAGCGUCCCCUGACGACGUCAUCCACCUCCUGGACAUCCCUGGAUACACCAAGUUGAUGAUCAAGACCAUCCUCUUCAUCAACCACGCGGACCCCGACCACGCCACGGCUCCACACCACGACAGCACCUCCUGCACAACCACCUUCACUACUGAUCUUUUCGACUCAUACAUGAGCUUCAUCCAAGAUACCGACCGCGCUCUCAGAAACCGCCUCGACCACGACCGCGACGCCCACCUCGAGCGCUUCUCCGACAACAUGAUAUUAUCAGCAGCAGGGAAUGCCCCUCGGCAGGAAUGGGCAAGCGUGAGGGCCUUACUCACAUACGGCGGCCGUACACCUAAGAGAACUCCGACUCCCAAAAUACGCCAAGACGAUGACGGCGCUCCACUCACGACGCCACAAGCCAUCGCGGAGCACGCCCUUCGAUACUACGGCAACAUCGAGAACGGCAUCAACACCGACAUCGAAGGCGUCGUCAAGUACUACAACAACAAGACUGCGCACACUAAGCCGAUCCCCCACAUCGACAACGUCCAGACCAUCCACAACCUGACAUCCGCCCUGGCAGCCGCCAAGAAAGGCAGACGCGGCGGGCCCGACGGGAACACCGACGACAUGGCACGAGCAGCGCCGCGCCAGAUGGCCCGACUUCUGCACCCCAUCAUGAUGAAGAUGCAGCUGAUGACGACGGAGCCCAUUUCGGCGAAGGGCGGCUUCUCCACCCAUUUCUCCAAAGGACAAGGACAGCUUCAUCUGCAGAAAGCCUACAGGGGCAUCCUCCUGAACAACACUAUUGGCAAGAUCAACAGCAAGUUCCUGAGAGGCCUCUUCCGCGACAUCUUACCCGACCUGCUUAUGGACACACAAUGCGGCGCCGUCCCUCACAAGGCGACUGACUUCAUCACUCACACCGCCUACACCUUCUUAGACGACUGCCGUACGCAGGCUCGCACGGGCAGCAUCCUCUUCCUGGACUUGAAAGAAGCCUUCCAUUCGGUAAUCAGGGAGUUCAUUUUCCAGCUGCCGACUCAGGAGGACGAGCUCGAAGACGUCAUCGACAACAUCGAGAUUCCCAUCUGCCUUCUUCCCUCUCUACGACAACGCCUUCGCUGUCCAGCACAUCUCAACGCCCACGUCGACGACUCUCACCUCUGCGCCCUCGUUGCCGACCACCACACGGCCAACUGGAUGACCGCUAAGGGCACCGACGCAUACGUGAUCCCUCGCACUAGUACCAGGCCAGGGGUGCCAUACUCCGACGCGGCUUUCAACAUGCACUUCUCCCUAGUGCUUCAGGCCAUCGCCGACGACACCGAUGGGGCAGAAGACGGCGAGAGCGGCCACCACAUCCGCCCCUGCGACAACCCGCUCUUCUCUACGGCUCCUCAUCACGGCGGCAAGCUGACCAACAUGUCCUUCGUCGAUGACCUCACCGACUUCAACUCGACCACCCGCCACUCCGACAUCAUUGACAUUACGAGAACUUCAGCCGAACGACUAUGCCGUACAGCAUUCACCUACGGGCUCAAGCCACACCCAGACAAGACCAAGGUCAUCCUCUCCUUUAACGGGACGGGAUCCAACGUCGCACGCAGUAGGCUUGCACAGCAGAACAUUACAUCAAUCCAGCUGAGCAUCAUGUCGAUCUCGGUCCAGAUCACAGACCAGCACCGACUCUUAGGCACCAUCCUCACCAGCGGCAGCAUGGGCCCCGAGGUGCAGAAUCGCAUGCGACGAACCGACGCUUCGGCACGAGCUCUUGAGAGGCAAAUCCUACGACGUCGACGCCUACCCCGCAAAACAAAGAUCAAGUACGUGCACGCCCUCUCGACUGCCUCAUUAACCUUCAACCACCACGUCUGGCCAGCACUGACCCAGACUGACCACCAGCGCAUCUCCAAUGCCUACUCGAAGCCCUAUCGCACGGCAGCUGGAAUACCCAAAGCUAACUCGCAGCUUCAUCAUUUCACGGCCACCGAAGUAGUAGCCUACACUGGCAUCCCCGACUUCGACCACCACCAGUCUGCUGGAAGGCUGCGAUACUUACCACGGCUUCUACGAUACGCUCCUCAGCAGCUCCUCCAACUGCUUGACAACCAGCGACGGAGAAAGGGCUCAUGGACAUACAUGCUUUUCCAGGACUUCGACUUCCUGCGCACAUACCUGGACGACCAGCGCUGGCCCACGACCAGCAAGCUCGACUCCGACGUUUUUGCAUGGGCACGCGCCACGCCGAAGCACUUCAGCAACUCCGUCAACCUGGCUGUCACAAACUACAUCCGCGCAUCCAAAGACCGCGCCCACGCCGACAAGCUGACCAAGGUGCUCAGACCCGACGGUCCCAUUGGUGCGGACCCCACGCCAUCACGCGACAACGGCGCCAGCAACUUCAUCUGCUACGAGUGUGGAAUCGUUACCAAGACCAAGCAGGGCAUGGCAAUACAUAUCGGGCCUGCCCUCACGGAAGAGGACGUGGCCACCAAUCAGGCGACCUACGCAGCCAGCAUAGCCGACAACAAACGCAGAGGUCCGUCAGUGAUGUGGAAUACUGAGAUGAUGCUCUACGCUACGGAGAACCUUGCUACGAGACGACCGACCAUCAUAGACGACGCCAGCAGCCUCUACGCCAUCUACUUCGGCCUCUCCCAGGACCACCGUAAUCCCCUCGACGACUUCGUCACCUCCAUUUUGGGCAGUCUGCCCCAGCUUGGAACACCCGCAAAGACCACCGCCAGUGCCAUCAAGGAAUCGCUGCAGGCCAAAACCGUGGUCGAGACGCUGAAGGUGAAGGACGUCAAAGUAGCCCACAACGAGCGCCACUGCGCAGCUUCGAUCGAGGAACUGGUGCGCGCCUACGCCGCCGCCAGGACCAAUUGGCACAACGAUGGUUGCGAGACACAGACUGCUCUCUUUGCAGGUGGCGCUUUCACCAUGACAGACCCAGUCGGAACCCCAGCCAAGACGACCCACGCAGAGGUGAAGGAGUUCCUCUGGAGCCUCUCUGGGGGAAAGCCCGCGCCCGCGAUGACCACGAAGGAGAUAUUUGUGAGUGCCGACGAGCGGCAGUGCGCAGCGUUACUUGAGAUCCAGAUGACCGCGAUGAGAGGGCAACCGACGUUCAGCGUCAUUGACACCUUCCAGUUGGAGGAUGUGCUCAAGGUCGACACGUUCGAUGUCGACGCUAGCGCGGGCGAAGCGGUGGACUUGCUCUCGGCGCCGUGUGGAUGGGCCAAAAUCGUGACGGGCUUCGCGGCGGAUCCCGAGAGCGUGAUGCUCGAUGCGAGCCAGGGUUUCCGGAUGACGACGAUGCAAGACAAUCGGAUGUGGGUCACCGACCUCGCUAUCCGGGAGGGCCCGGUGCUCUCGGUCCGGAUCGCUGUCACCGACCCCGAGAAGGACCGGGGCCCGCGGCCGAAGGCGAAGCUCUUCACCGUGGUCCAGACACGGACACUGACACCCACAGGCGCGGGUUGCACCAUCGAGAGAAAGUUCACCGAAUACGAUGGCUCAGAGCAGCUGCGGGGCUUCCUGGUCAGCGUCAUGAUUGACAAAGAGAGCAAGUUCGUCGUGGAGACUCCCGACGGCGCCGCGGACGUCACGGAGGAGCUCGAGGUGAGGCUCGUCAUCGAGGGGAGAGUGCAGGCCGCGGGGCUAAACAUGGCAUCUCACUGA